GAUGCCCUCGUAGCUCCAGCAGGCAGCUUCUCCCGGCCAAAAAAAGGGAGGGGUGAAAAAAAAGACAAUCGACUAUAGUUUAACCAUACUCUCGCACACAUGAGCUCACACCUAUUAGAUAAAGACGGAAGCAAGAGGCAGCGGAGUUUAAAAAGCCAUAAGAUAACGCAUACAAGGUGGGGGACGUAUACAUUCCGAGGAGGGCUCCUUCGACCAGACCAUGGAACAUAUAGGAGGACAUCUACACCAAACUCACGUAGACACCAUUAGUUUCGGGAUCGACCAGAUACUCAACAAUGCGGACCAGGGGAGUUGCAUGAUUUCCAACCCGAGGAUGCAGGACCUGGACUACGGAUUGGGCAGCAUCGUCAGCACCGCUUACAAUACAAUGACUGGUAACUACAACGGCAACAACGCUGGUGGAUACAACGGCAACGCUUGCAGCAUGGGCUCGCUGAACAGCACUUAUAACAUGAACAUGGGCAUGAGCGUCAACGGGAAUGGUCUUAAUUCGUCAGGGGUUAUCCGUGUGCCCGCGCACCGACCGCUUAACAGCGUGCACUCUCCCAUAAACUCCAGCGGAUCUUCGCUGCCAAGUAUGGCAAACAUGGCCACCAUUAACAACCUCACGGGAUUAACGUUUCCCUGGAUGGAGAGUAACAGAAGAUAUACCAAAGACAGAUUUACAGUGGCCCUCUCACCGUUCACUGUAACACGCCGUAUAGGUCACCCGUACCAGAAUCGGACUCCGCCGAAGAAGAAAAAACCCAGAACGUCCUUCACGCGACUGCAGAUAUGCGAGCUGGAGAAGCGCUUUCACCGACAGAAGUACCUGGCUUCCGCAGAGAGAGCAGCCCUGGCCAAGGCACUCAAAAUGACUGAUGCACAAGUCAAAACAUGGUUCCAGAACAGAAGGACAAAAUGGAGACGGCAGACUGCAGAGGAGAGGGAGGCUGAACGGCAGCAGGCGAACCGAAUCCUAAUGCAACUCCAGCAAGAAGCCUUCCAAAAGACUAUAAACCAGCCCAACAAUCCGGACCCUAUCUGCCUACACAACAGCUCUCUAUAUGCACUUCAGAAUCUCCAGCCUUGGACUGAGAACACUGCAAAAAUGAGCAGCGUGUCAGCCUGCGAAUAACUGUGGAUGUUUUCUCAUCAUGGACAAGGGUCAUUUUCAGGAUCGCAAAAUGCUUCUCUAGAGCCACCAGUUUAUUUGUUUCACUCACAGCAAUACUAUCACCACGGAAAACAUUCACACCAUUUCAUCUUUAUUCAGCUGGGUAAUGCAGAAUUAUUUUCAGGUCAAUCAUGCAUAAAAACGGCUAUGAAUUGUCUAUGAGGACUUUCCUACGACAAAUAUAGACUCUUACAUAGGCCUACGAAUUAACCAAGUGAUCGAUGACAAUACUUUGUGCAGAUUCAUAGCUCUCCUUUCAGACUUUGCUGGGACUAUCUGGAGUGCGUUUCUCGAAUAACGGUAGUAUGCUGCAUCUUUGUCUGUCAUACCUACACACGACUGUUUCUCGAAACCGUAAUAACUAGCUUACAUCGCAAAUCGCCACUUCCGUCCUUCAUACCGCCAUAGUCCCAACAACGUUAAUGACGUAAUGCAGCAUGUCGAGGGUAAAAAUAGUUAAUUUACCCUACUAGACCAGGUGAUCGAGCGGCCUCAUACUUACAAAUGAUUCAGAAUGAAUAACAAACUUAUAACGAGUGUAUGAAGACUUUUAUGCUGUCCCAAUAUUUGUGACCGCCUAUCAGCUGGUAAGUAGAUUCAGCAGGCUUUUUUGUACUUUUUGUGUUGUUGCAAAAAUCGGCGUAGGUGACAACAUAUGCAACAGACUACAUAUUUAGUCUCUUUAUUUACUUCACUAAUUCAACAACACGUGCUUUACUUUUUCUCAAAUUUUCAUCUAAAUGCAGUGAGUGCCUUGGGGACAGCUGUAACGGUGGCCGAGGACAAUUGUAACAUGCCAAUUUGAAAGGGUAAAGGAGGCUACAAUUUACGGCGACAGCCAUGUAUUAUGCAAACCAAAAUACUGUCGAAGACGUUUUAUAGUCGCCUACAAACCAAGGGUGUCACCUUUUUGCAAAAAAUGGUUAGGCUAGCUGGGCUACGCUUGCUGGCUGCAAUCGAAUGCACGUCAUAAUUGUCCCAAGCUGACCUUUCGCAAUAUUUGAUAAGGUUAUGUGGGUGAUAAUUACAGUAUAUUAGCAUCUGGUUCGUAAAUCACUGACCACCUGUUAGCCUGUUGGUGUUCCUGUCAAAACGCUGCAAUUGUGCAGCCAGAAUCUUGUGCAAAACAUAAGUUACAAACGUGCCUCACAAAACGACUUCAGUGCAUACUGAUGCCAUCAAACAUGUUGUCUGUGAGUUUCAUCGCAUUGAGCUGAAAAAAUUAAACAACUUACACCUGUUGGCCUACCUGGUCUUCCCUAAACAAAUAGGCCUACAAUAUGUCAGUGUUAUUCCUCACAGAAACGCUGUGUGUAGUUGUUUACAAUUAUGUCAACGCUUCACUCAAGAUGAAUGAGUAGCCAUAUGAAUUAAAAAAUGUAUCAGUGAAA